GUGUGCCGGCCCACCUCGUGAAGCCGGCAGCAGCAGCAACAACAACGGGCGCCAUGCAGCAGCAGCCGCACGCCGCGCUGCGCCGCGUGCGGCUCCUUGCCGGGGCCAUGGCGGGGCCCCGAGCCGCCACCCGCCGCGCCCUCUGCGCAGCUUCAGGGGAGACCAUAACUAUUGGAGAUGUAUCCCGUAAGGUGAAGCGGCCGCAAAACCCUGAGUUGGUGCCUGUCAAGCACAUUACAGGCUCACUGUCCCAAUCCACCCUGGAACACCUGCGCUGGCUUCUUCAGAAAGAUGUCUUGGGGCAGGAUGUGUUCCUCAUUGGGCCUCCAGGACCUCUACGCCGCUCAAUCGCUAUGCAGUACAUGGAGCUGACAAAGCGAGAGGUGGAGUACAUCGCUCUGUCGCGGGACACGACAGAAGGUGACCUGAAGCAGCGGCGUGAGAUUAAGGGGGGAAGCGCACACUACCUGGACCAGUGUGCUGUGCGAGCAGCCUUACUAGGACGGGUGCUGGUUCUGGAAGGUGUGGAGAGAGCAGAGAGGAAUGUGCUUCCAGUUCUCAACAAUUUAUUGGAGAAUCGAGAAAUGCAGCUGGAGGAUGGACGCUUCCUCAUGUCAGCACAGCGUUAUGACAAGCUUCUACAGGAGCACUCAGCGGAGCAGCUGGCCGCUUGGCGGGUCGAGCGGGUGAGCGAGGAGUUCCGCGUGGUCGCGCUCGGUCUGCCCGUGCCGCGAUAUCGUGGAAACCCGCUGGACCCGCCUCUCCGCUCUCGCUUUCAGGCGCGCAACAUUCCGCACCCGCCCUUCAAGGAGCAACUGGAGAUACUCUACGCAGCUGCACCAAACGUUCCUCCUGAAACGCUGGCCCAACUGCUGGGAUUUGCAACGACAAUGCUGACGCCUGAGGGCGCGACACUGGGCCUGCCUGACUUCCCCAUGAACAGUCUGCUGCCGCUCGCCCACAUCCUCUCAAUUGUGCCAGGGUAUGACGCUGGGAAGCUGCUAGAGCAAGCGUUCCCAUACUCUGCUCUCCUUGGGCCUGAAGGGAUCCCAGCGUUGCAGGACACACUCAAGAAAUUUGAGCUAGUGGGCAGUACUGGAGCUGCUCAGCCACGGCGCAUCGAGAACGUGAAGAGGAGUGAGGCUGUGAAUGACAGUGACGCUCGCUCGGCAGUCAUCACAGCUCUCUUUGGGGACAAGAGGUUCUCCUUUAAGGUGAUGACAGGCAUGGAGGAUUUGAAGAGACCAGUGGCAUCAGGCGGGUAUCACGAGACAGAGGCUCAUGCUGGUCUGCUGGCAGACAUGGUGCUGUCUCACACCACCUCUGACUUCUGUCUCCUUGGGGGAAAGGGUUGUGGUAAAAGUAUGCUGGCACGAGCAUUUGCUGACAUGCUGGGCUAUCACAUGGAAUCAAUCAUGCUUUAUCAGGAUAUGACCGCCCGGGAGUUGCUGCAGCAGAGAGUGACGCUGGCUAACGGCGACACUGCGUGGCGGCCAUCCCCCGUGGUGACAGCGGCGCGUGAUGGUAGCCUGCUUCUCCUCGACGGCAUUCACCGUGUCAACCCUGGCACGCUGUCUCUGCUGCACCGGUUGGUGCAUGACCGUGAGCUCACGUUAUAUGAUGGCUCACGACUGAUUGGUGCUGAUCGUUAUGAAGUCCUACAAAGAGAAACCGGUCUUAGCUCUGAACAGCUAACAGAGAGGGGGGUGUUCCCAAUCCACCCAGCAUUCCGUGUGGUCGCUCUUGCGGAACCAGCUGCUCCUGGCCCCUCGGCAGGCCCCACUGCAGGAAACCCCCAGCAGUGGCUGGGCCCUGAGGCGCUCUCCAUGUUCCUGUACCACACGGUGCCACCGCUCACUCCUGCUCAAGAGAUGGACAUCCUGCGUGCUAUGGUCCCAGGCCUUCCCCAGGAUGCUGCACAUCAAUUACUGCAGCUUGCACAGCGUCUACGCAAUGCCCGGGACCCAACUAUGCGGUCCUUGGCUGCGUCUCUGUCAACGCGGCAGCUGUUAAGAAUGUCCAGACGUCUUGCGCGCUAUGAGGGCGAGGAUCUGCAUGCUGCAAUCCACAAGGCCUGCCUCUCCCGGUUUCUUCCCAGCUUGGCACGUGCUGCCCUCCAAACUGCCAUGCAAGAUGCUGGUCUUGAGACCACUGGAAAGGAUUCUGAGCAGGCAGACAUUAAAACUGAGGUACGAGAUGGUGUCCUGCACAUUGGAGAUGUCACUGCCCCAGUGAGUAGCACCGCUGUUCAAACAAAGGUGCCGGACAUCCUCUUCUACGACAACCUGCAGCACCUUCGUGUGAUGGAGGAUAUGCUGAAGGAUUUCAAUCUGGGAGAACAUCUGCUUCUUGUGGGGAAUCAGGGUGUGGGGAAGAACAAGGUUGUCGACAGAUUCUUACAACUGCUGAACCGUCCUCGCGAAUACCUGCAGCUGCACAGGGACACCACGGUUCAGAGCCUGACAUUGCAGCCAACUCUCCGGGAUGGAGUCAUUGUGUAUGAGGACUCCCCACUUGUGCGUGCCGUGAAGCAGGGCUAUGUGCUGGUGAUCGACGAGGCAGACAAGGCUCCAGUAAACGUGACGUGUGUGCUCAAGGCGUUGGUGGAGAACGGAGAGAUGCUUCUUGCCGACGGGCGCCGCAUAUUGGCUGCGCCGGGCAAGGCAGCGGAUCGACCAGGGGUGGUUUCUAUGCAUGCUGACUUUCGCAUGGUUGUUUUGGCCAACCGGCCUGGUUUUCCAUUUCUGGGAAAUGAUUUUUUCAGUGCAAUGGGGGACAUAUUUGCAUGUCACGCGGUGGAGAACCCGUGCCGCUCAUCGGAGCUGGCCAUGCUGCAGCGCUAUGGGCCACGCGUGCAGCUGAGCUCGCUCGAGAAGCUCGCCGCCGCCUUCGGGGAGCUGCGUGGCCUGGCGGACGCCGGCCUGGCGCCCUACCCUUAUUCGACGCGUGAGCUGGUCAGCGUGGUCAAGCAUCUGCAGAUGUUCCCAGACGAUGGGCUGUGGGGCGCUGUGCGCAGCGUCUUUGAUUUCGAUGCCUACAGCCCCGAGGCGCGCGACAUGAUCCUCUCCACCCUGCACAAGCACGGCAUCCCUGCCGGCGCACACCCUGCCAACGUGCAGCUGGCCAAAGAGCUCCCUUUACCUCCCCCAAAAUUGAUAGGACAUUGGGAGGUAGGUGGACAGGCCAGUGGAGACCAACCAUGGAGGCAGUGUUUCACAGAGAAGAGAACCGUGUCUGUUUUGGGUCCUGCACUGCAGCCAGCACAGACUCAAGUUGCAGAGCGGGUGGAUCCCCGGGGCCUGCACUUCUCAGAGGAGGAGGCGAGCUGGAGUCUCAAGCUACACGAAACCAACAUGGCGUGCGACCUAGCUGUGAGCUCUGCAGCCCCCACAGGUAUGGAGGCUACCACAGUGUAUGUGGCGACCUGCAACCCUGUGGGCCUGUACGCGCUGCGACUGGGCAGCAGCGGUGAGCCCCUGCUGAGGCACGUGGACUUGGCUGAGGUUUUCCCGCGUGCUGGUGUAACCAUUUGGCAGCCCUUGGUCUCUGUGGCCCCUCUCGGUUCUCAUUUGGGCGGCCAAGUGCUGAUGCUUGAGAAAAAGAGCGGCCUGGUGCUGCUGCUUGCUCCAGAAGCGGACACUGUGCACCGCCUGCUGCUCUGGCCCGGGGAGCAGGACCCACCACGCCCGCGGGGUCAGAGAUGGUGGUCCAGCAAACAGGAGCAGGCACAGGAGAUGUAUUGCAUGGCAAAAGAAUUCUCUCAUCAAAACUGGAUUGUGUUUUACAAAGAGAAUGGGAAUGUGCUGGACUUGCUGCAUGUUGACAAAGGAGUGGUCACAUCCAUCGCCCUCCCCAUCAACAUUUCAUCCCUCUUUUUGGUCUCCCAGGACCACUGGCUGCUGGUGGAGAGUAAAUCUAACCGGAAGUUCCUGCUCGUACGGCAUGGCUCCAGCGCGACAGGAGCGGAGGCUGUGUACCAGCUAAAACCCAUCUCGGAGGAGCCCGUCAGCUUGGGCUUCGGCAUGCUCACAAGUACUGUGCUCCCAGAAUGCAUACAAAGACACACGCACACAAAGCCUGGCCUGUCUGGCCUUCUCAGUCCUUAGAACUCAACUGAACAAAUCAAGGGUUUUAUAUAUUUUAUGGCUAUGAGUCAAUUAUUUUCUAAAUUAAACUGCUCAAAUUUAAAUGCAGAAUGUUGUAUUUUCCCUUUUACUAUAGCAUAUUCAAAUGUACCUAUGUUAAUGUGUCUUUAUUGAUUCUAAUACAUCGGGUGCAUGGUUAAUGUCUUAUUUGAUUUGCUUGCCUCUGAGCCGAUGGGUUCUCGUUUUUUCUUUUGAGUUGGAACAGAUACCAUCGACAUCUUUGCUGAUCAAAAAGUAUUGGAUUACGAUUAACACGUGAAUGUGUAUGUUGUGCUCGUUCAUAUUCCAUUGUUAUCCAGUGCAAACCUGAUUACUGAAAAACAAAAUGUGUUGUUUGUAUUGUUCCUUAGCUCUUGGGUUACACUGCUGGCUUGUUAGCAUCUCCUGCCAGGAGACACAAUUUAUUAGACCAGGAUAUCAAUUGGAAGCUGUGGACCUCUAACUAUAACAUGGGACUCUUUGAAUAAACUACGUGUGGUUAUAGGAUAUGUGCAAUGAUAUCUUUAUCACUGAAAUUACAUCACUGUCAUCACUAUGCUAUAACCGUCAGUAUUAUUCCCUGCAACAUGAAUUGGUAUGUCUUAUUAGAGAUAUAGAGCAUUAAUAGGAAAAUAUAAUGUUUUCGUGACAAAUCUUACUAAUUGGCCAUGUUGGGUGGUGGUGGGUUUAACGACAUAUUUAUACUUACACGAGCUGACCCCAAAAAAACUUUUAGGAAAAAUAUUGACUGCCACAGAAACAAGAAAAGAAAAAUCCUAAACAGGAAAACAACACGUGCUAUGUUUUCCCCACUAGAUCCACAAUUGCACAUGACUUAAGAUUAAAUCACUUCUUUUUAAGUGUGCUUUGCUCUUUGGCCGCAUGUCCGCACGAACCCCCACUGGUCCGCAUGGCCAAGCAUGCACAGCGUAGAAUUACUGGGCGACGUGGACUGGUAGCAGCUGUGUAGACUAACAGCAAAGUAAGACGUGUACAUCAUGGUUCAUCAUUUAGUGCUGCAUGAGAUAGUAAAUACAUUGGCAGUAUGCAGUAAUGAGAGAUUAGUGCAGAAUUCAAAAUAUAUAUUUUCACAUUCAAUAAUUGGUUCCCCCAAUAGAAAUCCAAACUGAAGGAAUUUGCGUGAAAAAAAAAACAUAGAUUGAAAACACAUUUUCUUUUCAUCAAAAAGCAAGUUAUAUUAAUGUAAAAAAACCCAUUAAAUAUUUUUCUUGAAUCAAUUUUUGUAAGAUGUAGACCUACAAUUUAUUGCAAUUAAUUAAAAAUAAUUAUCUGGGAUAAUCGUGGUGAGGGGGUGGCUCGGAUAAAACAAAAACACAGAUAAUGCAAAGCUCGCUUCAACUCGGCUAGAAGCCAGAUUCAUUGUUUAAAAAUACAUUAUUGUUUAUAAAAGUACAUUUUGUAUUACUUUAGUGAAGUCAAAUGGGCACUGAGUCAAAUGAGAAGCAACAAAAAUUAAACCAGUGUGCACAUGAUGUUCUUUUUCACAACCAAUCCAAAAAUUGAGAGUUAACUGUACUCAAUGCUGCACAUAUAUUCAGCUACGUGAAAAUUCUAUACGCAUUGUACAUAUGUUAAACAUCUAAUAGCACCAACACAACGUUCAAAACACAAACGCUUGAACUUUUUGCAUGCACGCGUGCACGCAUACACAAAACACACAGACACAUAAACACACAGACACAUAAACACACACCCACUGCUCCCAAUCUCCCAUCCCCUAGGUUGGCCUUGAGCGACCCUGCUCCACGUCCUCAAGCUCCUCCCUCAUUCUCCCUUUCUCCCACCCCUCCCAUCCCCAUGUUGCUUUGUAUGCCCCCACCCCCAAGUUCAAA